AGGGAGCGGAGGCCGCGCCGGGGAGGCCUGGGCGGGCUCGGUCCCGGCUCCAGCCCCGGCUUCUUCCAGCUCUCCUGCCCAACCCGGCUGGGUCUGCGGGCUCCCCGAGGUGCGCAGAACUGGCCCUGCCUCGCUCCCCCCGGGCUUGAGCGCCGCCGCGGCCCCCGCCGCUGCCGUUCCUGGGCUCCUUGCGCACCUUGGGGCUCAGAGAGGAGCAACAACCGGUCCUCGAGCUGGGGCAGUGUUCCGCAAUUCACGCAGCCCUCUGUGUGCAGCCGAGCUUUAGUUUGUCCCUCCGUAAAAUUUGGGAAAGAAAGUCGCCUCGCAGCAUGUUUGUGGAUUUAGGAAACUAAUACGUGAGAGAAGUGUUUAAUACCAACAGGUGAGCCCUAUUCCCAAAGGCAGCUGGUGCUGACCCUGUAACCCAAAAGAGGAAAUUGAAGGCUGGUGGCCACCAUGUCCUUGAAGAUCCAGACAAGCAAUGUAACCAACAAGAAUGACCCCAAGUCUAUCAAUUCUCGAGUCUUCAUUGGAAACCUCAACACAGCUGUGGUGAAGAAGUCAGAUGUAGAGACCAUCUUCUCCAAGUAUGGCCGUGUAGCCGGCUGUUCUGUGCACAAAGGUUAUGCCUUUGUCCAGUAUGCCAACGAGCGUCAUGCCCGGGCAGCUGUGCUGGGAGAGAAUGGGCGGGUGCUGGCCGGGCAGACCCUGGAUAUCAACAUGGCUGGAGAGCCCAAGCCCAACAGACCCAAGGGACUAAAGAGAGCAGCAUCCGCCAUAUACAGGCUCUUCGACUAUCGGGGCCGCCUGUCACCUGUGCCAGUGCCCAGGGCAGUCCCUGUGAAGCGACCCCGGGUCACAGUCCCCUUGGUCCGGCGUGUCAAAACCACCAUACCUGUCAAGCUCUUUGCCCGCUCCACAGCCAUUACCACCAGCUCAGCCAAGAUCAAGUUAAAGAGCAGUGAACUGCAGACCAUCAAGACAGAGCUGACGCAGAUCAAGUCCAACAUCGAUGCUCUGCUGGGCCGCUUGGAGCAGAUUGCCGAGGAGCAGAAGGCCAACCCAGAUGGCAAGAAGAAGGGUGACAGCGGAAGUGGCAGUGCCAGUGGCAGUGGUGGGGGCAGUAGUGGUGGCAGCAGCCGGCCACCAGCCCCCCAAGAGGACACGGCUUCUGAGGCAGGCACGCCCCAGGGAGAAGCACAGGCUCGAGACGACGGCGAUGAGGAGGGGCUGCUGACACACAGCGAGGAAGAGCUGGAGCACAGCCAGGACACAGACGCGGAGGAUGGGGCCUUGCAGUAAGCAGCCUGACAGGAGCAACGGCCAGCGGCAGGAGAAGGGCGUGCACUGUAUCAGGCCUCAUGUUGGGCACCCACCCCUGGAUACCACCCCCAGCGGGUCCCAGGAGAGCUGGCAGCAGGCACCUCCUCCCCCACACGUCCCAGCCACUGCCACAUCCUCUGCAGGUGCAGUUAUCGGCCUCCCCUCCCCACGCACCCUCCCUGUUGGCACCACGCAGGCCAGAGGACAGAGGUUUCCCUACACUCUACCUCCCCUCCCAGGACACUCCCAGGCUUGGGGCUUUUCUAUAGGUUUGGAGAGGGGAGGGUCACGGGAGGGUACCCUGACAAUAAAGAGAUUGGAUCCCAACUUGCUCUGA